AUGAAUUCAGCAACAAUUAACAAGCCAACAUCGUCAUCAUCAUCGACGAUCGGCUCUGGAAGACAAGCUCGUCCUUCCAGCUUACCAAAAGGAAGAACAAUACCAAAACCUUCAGUGAAUAGUAACAAUGCACAGAGCAUUGCAAGAAAACCAAGACCUUCGAGUGCUUCUGUAUCGAGGGGAGGAAAUACAACAACAUUGAACAAUGCGGUAGAAAAGAAACCAGCAACAAUAGUAAAGGAAGGUCCAGUUACUCGUACAUCAUUUGAAACUGGAAGUCAAGUGAAAGAGGAAUUGAGAGAAAAGGCAAAACUAUCGAUUAGAAAUCAAAGAUUAACAGAGAGAUACUAUCUCACAUCACUGCAAUUGUUAAAGAGAGUGAAUGCUGGAGCCUGUAAAGAUAAUAAGGAAAGAAAGGUAGCAAUGGAUCGAUUAAAACUGAUGGAAGAUUUACAUCUCCAAUCGAUAGAGACAACGGAUUUGAGUUUACUUGCAAGUGAGGAAAAUUUGAAAAAGAUGCACAAGAACAAAUAUCCAAAUAUACAACCUAAAAUAUACGAGGCCAGUAAGAAUUAUGGAGCUGGAGCAGAGAAGGAAAGAGAAAGGGAGGAAAGAGAAAGACUCAACCAGACAACUGCAAAACAACCAGUGGAACAACAACCAGAAAUUGAGAAACCAAAAAGAACACUCAGAGGAAGGGCUGCUCCUUCGACAACAAAUACCACCACUACCGCUCCUACAACCAGUGAUAAUAGAUCUCCAACGCCAGAGAAUGAAAGUGCUGAUAGCUCUUCAGAUUCAGAUUCUGACGAAUCAUCUGAAAAACCUAAAGUUUAUAAUAGACCAUCUGCCACUUUGUACAGACCUCCACCAAACUCCUCCACAACUCAAACAACUCAAACAGAUGAAAAACCAAAGAGGACCCUCAGAGGAGGAGAAACCAACGAUUCCAGAAGAAAAUCAAUCACCAACAGAAAGCAGUCCAACACAAGGAAAUACACAAACAGAAACAACUAUAGAAGAAACUCAACCAACUGA